GAGCAAUAUAUACUACUAUUAAGGAAAGACUUCUUGCUUAGGUCUUUCCUUACUCAUAUUUCUAUUCAAUAAGAAAACACACUCAUAUUUCUAUUCAAUAAGAAAACACACAUUAACAAAAAAAAAAUAUUCCUUUUCUCAUUGCCCCACAUUUAAAAUUCCUUUUUCUCCUUGUCCCCUUCUUUCACCAUUCCCCCUAUACCAUUAUAAAUAAACCAAACACACCCUAAAACAACCAUAAAAAUAUCUCCCUUCUUCCAUUUUCAUUUUUUUUCAUAAACUCUUUUAUUUACAAAUACUAAAAAAAAUGGGAACAACUUCAGAAUCAAAUAUCAAGAUCAUAAUUGAGAAAAAUCCCUCCGAAGCUCGUUUAUCUGAACUCGGCAUUAAAUCCUGGCCUAAAUGGGGUUGUCCACCAGGAAAAAUAACAUUGAAAUAUGAUGCAACGGAAACAUGUUAUUUUGUGAGAGGAAAAGUAAAGGCAUACCCUAAAAAAGGGUCAACAAAUGAUAAUGAAGGAGUAGAAUUUGGGGCAGGAGAUAUUGUGAUUUUUCCCAAAGGUCUUAGUUGCAUUUGGGAAGUUUCAGUUGCUGUUGAUAAAUUCUACAAGUUUGAUCCUCCUUCAUGCUAAUUAACAUACUUAGUUAAUUAAUUAAUUAAUCACCUUUUGAAUUUAUUAUUUUUAAAGUAUUUUUGUUUGGUUAUUAGGUUUUAAUUUUAGUAAGAUUCUCUCAAGUGUUCCAAGAAUCUAGGAAAUAUUGCACAAGUAAUAAGUCCAAAGUUUUUUGGAGGUUUAAUUUUCAGUUUGUACAAGUUUUGUAAUUUGGGUAGCAUUUAUAUGGAGUAUAAAUACAUGGGUUAAGCUCAGAAUUUUAUAUAAAUCAUAAAUUCAUAAUA